AUGUCUGCCCUCUUCGAUACAACUCGCAACUUUUCCCUAUUCGGUGUCCCCGCAGCAUGGCUCCUAGCUCACGCCCCUCAUAUGUAUGCUGCAAUCUCGUCUGAAUGCUUUGAUAAUCGCUCCCCCAGAGACUUCCCAAAGAGUCUUGAAGCUGAUCAAAGGCUCGAUAAGGCUAAAAAGAGCCAGAUUCGCCGAGCCCACGCCGCCGGAGCCAAUGGCUACGAAAAUCUCGGUCUUUUUGCUUCUGCGGUGGUCGCUGGAAAUGUCGCGGGACUUUCCCACUCAACACUGAAUACCCUUACUGGAGGAUAUUUAAUUAGUCGCGCGGUUUAUAAUUUCAUCUAUAUAAACAAUGAGAGUCAAGGGGCAGCAGCAGCCAGAAGCUUGGUUUGGCUUUUUGGAAUUGGACAGAUUUUCACGCUGUUCAUCAAAAGUGGCAACCUCCUCACAAACAAGGCUGCAAACUUGUUGUAA